AUGCGGCAGGUUUGCUGCUCAGCGCUGCCGCCGCCGCCAGUGGAGAAGGCUCGGUGCAGCAGCAACAGCGACAGCAGCAGCAGCAGCAGCAGCGGCAGCAGCAGCAGCAGCAGCAGCAGCAGCGAGAGAAGCAGCAGCAGCAGCAGCGGCAGCGAGAGCAGCAGCAGCAGCAGCAGGAGCAGCAGCAGCAGCUACAGCAGCAUCUCUCGUCCCGCUGCGCCCCCAGAGCUGCGGCCGCCGCAACAACCGCAGCCCCGCAGCCCCGCAGCCCCGAGAGCCGCCGCCCGCUCUCGAGCCGCAGCUGCCGGCGGCAUGAGGCGCGACCCGGCCCCCGGCUUCUCCAUGCUGCUCUUCGGUGUGUCGCUUGCCUGCUACUCGCCUAGCCUCAAGUCGGUGCAGGACCAGGCUUACAAGGCACCCGUGGUGGUGGAGGGUAAGGUACAGGGACUGGCUCCAGCCGGCGGCUCCAGCGCCAACAGCACCCGCGAGCCGCCCGCCUCCGGUCGGGUGGCGCUGGUGAAGGUGCUGGACAAGUGGCCGCUCCGGAGCGGGGGGCUGCAGCGCGAGCAGGUGAUCAGCGUGGGCUCCUGUGCGCCGCUCGAAAGGAACCAGCGCUACAUCUUUUUCCUGGAGCCCACGGAGCAGCCCUUAGUCUUUAAGACGGCCUUUGCCCCCCUCGACACCAACGGCAAAAACCUCAAGAAAGAGGUGGGCAAGAUCCUGUGCACUGACUGCGCCACCAAGCCCAAGCUGAAGAAGAUGAAGAGUCAGACAGGACAGGUUGGAGAGAAGCAAUCGCUGAAGUGCGAGGCCGUGGCCGGUAACCCCCAGCCCUCCUACCGCUGGUUUAAGGAUGGCAAGGAGGUCAACCGCAGCCGAGACAUUCGCAUCAAGUAUGGCAAUGGCAGAAAGAACUCACGACUGCAGUUCAACAAGGUGAAGAUGGAGGAUGCCGGGGAGUAUGUCUGCGAGGCCGAGAACAUCCUGGGGAAGGACUCGGUCAAAGGCCGGCUCCACGUCAACAGCGUGAGCACCACUCUGUCAUCCUGGUCAGGACAUGCCCGGAAGUGCAACGAGAGUGCCAAGUCCUACUGUGUCAAUGGAGGUGUCUGCUACUACAUCGAGGGCAUCAACCAGCUCUCCUGCAAGUGUCCUGUGGGAUACACCGGGGACAGGUGUCAACAGUUCGCAAUGGUCAACUUCUCCAAGCAUCUUGGAUUUGAACUAAAGGAAGCUGAGGAGCUGUACCAGAAGAGAGUCCUGACUAUCACCGGCAUCUGUGUGGCUCUGCUGGUCGUGGGCAUCGUCUGCGUGGUUGCCUACUGCAAGACCAAAAAACAACGGAAGAAGAUGCACAACCACCUGCGGCAGAACUUGUGCCCAGCCCACCAGAACCGGAGCCUGGCCAACGGACCCAGCCACCCCCGGCUGGACCCUGAAGAGAUCCAGAUGGCAGACUAUAUCUCCAAGAACGUGGCAGCCACAGACCAUGUCAUCCAGAGAGAGACCGAGACCACCUUCUCUGGGAGCCACUCUUGUUCUCCAUCUCACCACUGCUCCACAGCCACGCCCACCUCUAGCCGUAGACAUGAGAGCCACACAUGGAGCCUGGAACGUUCUGAGAGCCUGACCUCUGACUCCCAGUCGGGAAUCAUGCUGUCAUCGGUGGGCACCAGCAAGUGCAACAGCCCGGCGUGUGUGGAGGCCCGGGCACGGCGGGCAGCAGCCUACGGCCUGGAGGAGCAACGCAAAGCCACCGUGCCACCUUACCAUGACUCCGUAGACUCCCUGCGCGACUCGCCACACAGUGAGAGGUCAGUUGCUACCCCGCUGCGCCCGGACUCGCCACCGCUCUGCGGGGCGGCCGACAGCAGGACUUACUACUCCCUGGACAGCCACAGCACGCGCGCCAGCAGCAGACACAGCCGCGCGCCGCCCCCGCGGGCCAAGCAGGACUCGGCGCCCCUCUAGGGCCCGUCGUCACCACCGCCCUCGUCUUUCAGGAGAACGAAGACCACCAACUGGAGAAAGGAAAAAAGAAAUAAAAAUAUUUUUAUUUUCUAUCAAAGGGAAAAGGUAUAACAAAAUGUUUUAUUUUCAUUUUAGCAAAAAUUGUCUUAUAAUACUAGCUAACGGCAAUGACGUUUUUAUAGGGAAACUAUUUAUAUGUAACAUCCUGAUUUACAGCUUCGGAAAAAAAAAGAAACAACAAAAAAAAAAGAGAGAUGGGCCAAUUUUAUGACUCUUUAAUAGAAACCUAUAUUGUGGUGCCUUUUGCUGUACGCUAAUUUGGAGCUCCUGGAGGGAAGUCUGGAUUGCGGGGUGGGGAUGGGGGACAUGUAAACAUGUAGGAUCUCGGGCUGGCGGCGGUGAGAGAAAUUGGAGAAGAGGCUGCAGGGUUCUGGGGUGCAGGGGCAAGGUAUGGGGCUGCGACAGAUUAGCCCUGAGGCCGGAAAUGAGGACAGGAGUAGCUUUGCCUCCUUGCAAGAUCCUGAGUCCUGGGCCUCCUGAAGAGAGGGCAUGGAUCCUAGGCUUAGAGCUAGAGUUGGGAUCAGGUCACGUCCAGGGGGAGACUAAGGCCCAGCGACAGCAACUUGAAUGGGGAGGGGGCCUCCCCGCUCCUCACAGCUGCUAAAGGAGGGGGCACUGAGAACCAGGUCUUCCAAAAAGCCCCCGCCCCAGGGAGGGGGCAGCUCUGCCAGGGCCCCAACUUUCGCGGCUCCUCCUCCCCCACAGCCUCCAGGAUGCCCCACCCUCCUCUGCAGCACCUUCGUUUACAGAUUGUCUUUUCUAUGUUACUGCCUGCAUGUCGUUUGCAUUUCAGAUUCUUUAGAUUGAAUGCAUGGUCACGCUGGGACCGAGAAGAGCCACUUGACAGUGUAUUUGAUUCCCCUUUUAGCAAUAAAGUAACCCCAUUUCCUUCUCACAGCCCGAAUCCCAGCCCCAACCCACCUAUGACUUCCACUCCCUCUCCAGCCCUGUCUUCCCCACCCCCCCAAAACUGGGUCCACUGCUAAUUUGUCAAAAAGAUAAUUGUUUAAAAAAUAUCCCAAACAAAUGGGAACCCUGCCCUGAAAUGUCCAAACACAUGACUGUUGACACUUGAACAUUUUUAUAUUGUAAAUAAAAUCAAA